AUGACUGACACCGACGUCAAGUCACACCCUGAUUACAAGCACUUCGCGUCCAUCCCAUGGUGUGCCAGACUCCUCAGUCAAUCCGACACUUCGUCCCACGUGGUGCAAGUCUCCCAAAACAGAACUGUCCUUCCUACAAGAGAGAACACGUACGUCGGCGGAACUCUCAACACACCAGACACCAUCAAAGCCUGGUUGAUCAUACACCCCAAGCCGCAAGGUCCCGAUUGGAAGGUCGAUGAGUUGUGUUCUCUCAUCACGUUUGACCAUGGCAUGAUUGGGUUUCCUGAGACGGCUCACGGAGGCGUUGUUGCCUUGGUGAUGGAUGAAGUUACGGGCAUUCACAUUGUAGCCCAGAGGCCGGCGGGUACAGAGCCCAACAAAGAUUUCAGAACGGGUUACUUGAACACGUCAUUUCGAAAGCCUGUUCCUGCGCCGGGAACGGUGCUAGUGAGAUCGAGGAUAGCCAGAGUUGAGGGCCGCAAGUAUUUUGUUGCGGCUCAAUUAGAGGAUGAGAACGGUGAAGUGCUUGCAACAGCGGAGGUCUUGUAUAUCUCAAUCAAGAACAAAUUAUGA